AUGUGCGGUAUCCUCGGUAUAUUCAACAUUGUUGGUAGAUAUGAACACGUUAGAAAGCUUGCCACUACCCUUUCUCGUAGACUUAGACACAGAGGUCCUGAUGCCUGUGGUGUCUACAUCUAUGAAGUAGAACCUGGUGUUUGGAACAUUAUUUGCCACGAACGUCUCUCCAUUUGUGACUUGAGUGACAAUGGUAAAUAGCCCUUCUUAUUACAAAAGUAAGACUUAAAGCCUGUUGCUUUUGCUGCCAAUGGUGAAAUUUAUAACUAUCAAGAAAUCAGAAAGAAAUACGAAAACAAGUACCCUCUCCAAGGAACCAGUGAUUGUGAAAUUAUUGGUGCUCUUUACUCUGAAUUCGGUGGUAAAGAAAUGUGGAACCAUCUUGAAGGUAUGUUUGGUGUUAUCAUCUACGAUCCUAACACUAACGAAUUCUUUGCCUCAAGAGACCACGUUGGUGUUAUUCCUCUUUACUGGGGUGUUGGUAAACACGGUGAAGUCUACGUUACUUCUGAAUUGAAGGCUAUUGAUGACUAAUGCGUAGAAUUAUCCAUUUUAUUACCAGGUCAUUACUUAGAUAAGAACAAAACUCCUACAUAAUGGUACUAACCUUUAUGGCACGAUGAAGAAUAUUUCCCUAACAAUUAAAUCGACUACAAGGAGUUGAGAGAAUAAUUAACUUAGGCUGUUUAUGAAUAAUUAUAAGGUGAUGCUCCUUUUGGUUUAUUCAUUUCUGGAGGUGUUGAUAGCAGUAUAGUUGCAGCCAUCACUGUCCGUUUAGUCUAAGAAGGCAAGAUCGAUAUCAAGAAGAGAGGUAUGGAUAAAGUCCACAGUUUCUGCAUUGGUUUAAAGGGAUCACCUGAUAUUGAAUCUUCUCAAAAAGUUGCUGAAUACUUAGGAACUGAACAUCAUGCCUUCAUCUACACUCCUGAAGAAGGUAUUGAUGCUAUUCCUGAUGUUAUCUAUCACACUGAAACCUACAACAAUACAACUAUCCGUGCCUCCACUCCUAUGUACAUCCUCGCUAGAAAGAUUAAAGCUUUGGGUAUUAAGUAUUGCUUGACUGGUGAAGGUGCUGAUGAACUUUUUGGUGGUUACUUAUAUUUCCACAAAGCCCCAAACGCUGAAGAAUUCCACAGAGAAUGUGUCAGAAAAGUUAAGGAUCUCUACAAAUACGAUUUACUCCGUGCAAACAAAUCUACUAUGGCUUGGGGUUUGGAGGUUCGUCCUCCUUUCCUCCACAAAUCCUUUGUUGAAUAUGCUAUGUCAAUCGAUCCCAACGAUAAAAUGCCUCGUAACUUCCCUAAAAACAUUGAAAAGUACAUUCUUAGAGCUGCUUUCGAUGAUAAGAGCAAGCCCUACUUACCCUCUGAAAUUUUAUGGAGACAAAAAGAACAAUUCUCAGAUGGUGUUGGUUAUCUUUGGAGAGAUUCUAUUACCGCUUAUUGCGAAACUGUCAUCUCUGAUAAAGACUUCAGUGACAGAGAAAUCAUUUAUGAAAUAAAUACUCCUCGUAAUAAAGAAUAGUUCUGGUAUAGAUAAUGCUUUGAACAUCAUUUCCCUUCUAAGGAAGCUGCCUUAACUGUCCCAUAUGCUUUGAGUAUUGCUUGCUCAACUGAAAAGGCUCUUGAAUGGUGUGAAUCAUUCAAGAAGAACACUGACGAAUCAGGUCGUGCAGUUCUCGGUAUCCAUCAACAAUCUGAAUAACUUAAGGGCACCUUUAACGAUGGUGAAAGUGCUGCUAAAACUGUUAAAAAUUGA